AGUGUCAGGGAGCCGCCGGGCACAACCAAGUUAAUUUACUGGACUCCAGAACUGUAAUGGGAGAUCUGGGAUGGAUAGCCUAUCCAAAGAAUGGGUGGGAAGAAAUCAGUGAGGUUGAUGAGAAUUACACUCCAAUACACACGUACCAAGUGUGUAAUGUUAUGGAGCAAAAUCAGAAUAACUGGCUCCAAACUAACUGGAUCUCCAAUGAAGGGGCCCGCCGUAUAUUCAUUGAGCUAAAAUUUACAUUAAGAGACUGCAAUAGUCUUCCUGGAGGUCUUGGAACCUGCAAAGAGACUUUUAAUGUAUAUCAUUUUGAAUCCAAUGAUGAAGAUGGGAGAAAUAUCAGAGAAAACCAGUACAUUAAAAUUGAUACAAUAGCAGCGGAUGAAAGUUUCACAGAGCUUGACCUUGGAGAUCGAGUUAUGAAGUUAAAUACAGAAGUGCGAGAUGUUGGCCCACUGUCUAAAAAGGGAUUCUAUCUAGCAUUUCAAGAUGUCGGUGCCUGUAUUGCUCUGGUCUCUGUACGUGUGUACUACAAGAAGUGCCCAUCUAUUUUCCUCAACCUUGCUUUCUUUGAAGACACAAUCACAGGAGCUGAUUCAUCCUCACUGGUAGAAGUGCAAGGCACGUGUGUCAACAACUCAAUCAAAGAUGACACUCCAAAAAUGUACUGCAGUGCUGAUGGGGAGUGGUUGGUCCCAAUAGGGAAGUGCAUGUGCAAGGAAGGCUAUGAAGAGCAAGGUAACAAAUGUCAAGUUUGUCAGCCAGGAUUCUUUAAGGCCUCACCAUAUAGCCUGUCCUGCAGCAAGUGUCCUCCCUACAGUUAUACAUAUGACAAGGGAUCAGUUUUCUGUCAUUGUAUGGAAAACUACUUUCGGAGAGAUAAUGACCCUCCUUCAAUGGCCUGCACAAGACCCCCCUCAGCCCCACAGAAUGUCAUCUCUAACAUCAACAAUACCAGCGUGAUUCUGGACUGGAGCCCUCCUGCUGAUGGUGGAGGACGAAAAGAUGUGACAUACCUUGUGAUUUGCAAGAGGUGCAACGUGGAUUUGAUUCAGUGUGAGGAGUGCGGUACUGGUGUCAGAUAUAUUCCACAGGAGGCUGGCCUCAAGAACACCACGGUCAUGGUGGUGGACCUCCUGGCUCACACGAAUUACACCUUCGAGAUUGAGGCAGUGAAUGGAGUGUCGGAGCUGAGUUCCAUCCCCAGACAGUUUGUGUCUGUAAAUGUCACGACAAAUCAAGCUGCACCUUCACCGAUCACUGUUGUGAAAAAGAAGAUGGUCACAAAAAACAGCAUUUCCUUGACCUGGCAGGAACCAAACCGACCCAAUGGCAUCAUACUGGAAUAUGAGAUCAAGUAUUUUGAAAAGGCCCAGGAGACUAGCUACACUAUCAUUAAAUCCAAAGAGACUGAGAUUACUGUCGAUGGCCUGAAACCCACCACAGUAUACAUCUUCCAGAUACGUGCUCGUACAGCAGCGGGAUACGGGGGCUACAGUCGUAAAUUUGAAUUUGAAACCAGUCCAGUCUCUUUACCCGCCAGUGCUCAGAGUCAGGUGCCAAUCAUUGCAGUCUCCGUAGCAGUGGGUAUGAUCCUAUUGGCAGUCGUAUCUGGCCUGUUACUUAGUGGAAGGUAUGAACAAUAUAUUAUCCCACCACAAAAACGAUGUGGAUACAGUAAAGCUAAACAAGAUCCAGACGAGGACAAAAUGCAUUUUCACAAUGGUCACAUUAAAUUGCCAGGUAUACGAACAUACAUUGAUCCUCACACCUACGAAGACCCAAGCCAAGCUGUUCAUGAGUUUGCCAAGGAAAUUGAUGCAUCAUGCAUUACUAUUGAAAGAGUCAUUGGUGCAGGUGAGUUUGGUGAGGUAUGCAGUGGCCGUUUGAAGUUACCUGGAAAAAGAGAAUUCCCAGUAGCUAUCAAAACUCUAAAAGUUGGUUAUACAGAGAAACAGCGCAGGGAUUUCCUUGGUGAAGCAAGUAUAAUGGGACAAUUUGAUCAUCCCAACAUCAUCCACCUUGAAGGGGUAGUCACUAAAAGUAAACCAGUAAUGAUUGUGACUGAAUAUAUGGAGAACGGCUCUCUUGAUACUUUUUUAAAGAAAAAUGAUGGCCAAUUUACAGUCAUCCAACUAGUGGGAAUGCUGAGAGGAAUUGCUUCUGGAAUGAGGUAUCUUUCAGAUAUGGGUUACGUCCACCGAGAUCUGGCAGCCCGAAACAUCUUAGUCAACAGUAACCUGGUCAGUAAGGUGUCUGAUUUUGGCCUUUCCCGUGUUCUUGAAGAUGAUCCAGAAGCUGCUUAUACAACAAGGGGAGGGAAGAUUCCAAUCAGAUGGACAGCUCCAGAGGCAAUAGCUUACCGCAAGUUCACUUCAGCCAGUGAUGUUUGGAGUUAUGGAAUUGUCAUGUGGGAGGUGAUGUCUUACGGAGAGAGACCUUACUGGGAAAUGACUAAUCAAGAUGUGAUAAAGGCUGUGGAAGAAGGGUAUCGCUUGCCAACUCCCAUGGACUGCCCAGCUGCCCUUUACCAGUUAAUGCUUGAUUGUUGGCAGAAGGAUCGCAACAGCAGGCCCAAAUUUGAAGAAAUAGUUAGCAUUUUAGAUAAAAUGAUUCGCAAUCCAUGCAGCUUGAAGACAUUAGUUAAUGCCUCCACGAGAGUAUCUAACUUGCUGGUGGAGCACAAUACAGGGGGUUUCAGUGUGUAUCAAUCUGUGGGAGAAUGGCUCGAGUCCCUUAAGAUGGGACGGUACACAGAAAAUUUCAAUGAGAGUGGAUACACCUCUUUGGAUAUUGUGACAAAAUUAACCUUAGAAGAUUUGAAGAGAAUUGGUGUGGGUCUUGCUGGCCACCAAAAGAAGAUCAUGAACAGUAUUCAGGAGCUACGAGUCCAGUUUAUGAAUGGCAUGAUGUCUGUGUGA